AUGCAGAGUAGAGGAAGGAGUUGUUUACCCAUUGAAGCCCUUUGGGAGUACAAGGUACAGGAAAUUUUGCCUGACGGACAGGAAAUCCUGGAAAAACCAUUGACAGCAGCGGAGAAUUUUCACAGGAUUGUAAAUGGAAUCGACUUUAACGACGAUGGUCACGGUCGGCGCUCGUCGAACAGUUUGUCUGGAAGAAACGGAAGCUCGAGCAUUCCUGAGAAAACCUGGGUUUACCUUCGAGACCAAAUCAAAAAUUCUCUUACAGAAGUGUGCGCAUUCAUCGAUCUUAUGGCGGUUAUGAAGGAGACUAAAUGCCUAUCCCUUUGCCAAAUUGCCCCCGUAGAGCACGAACGAGAUAUUGAUUUUCCUGGGUGUGGCAUCAGUUCGCAAUCCAUCAUUUGCUUUUGUGGAAAAAAAAUGGUUUUUGCAAUUUUGUACACUCUAUUAGCUUUUGCAUCAGCAGCUAAUAUCUUACUUAAAGGAGCUGAGCGUUUUCGAUGCCGAUAUUUUGAAAUGGUCCAGACUGAGCAGCGUGUCAAUGAUGGCCUGAAGCCUCUUUCCUACCACGAAAGUCUCAUGCAGCUGAGAAAAUCCUGGCGGCUGAAACUAAUGCAAAGCGUGGUGUUAGGUGAUGCCAGCCUGCGUUCAAUUGGUUCUCGGGCCAAAGAAGGCGGCAACUUUGAGGUUUUUGGGUCAGAUGCUUCCAAAAAUCAGUCUUCCGGUUUCGGACCGUCCCCUGAUGUUAUAAAGGUGCGGUUUAGUUCUACUAUGGAAUCACUGCUUGAAAAGGAUCUUUGUACCGGCAGACUUCGCGUUUCAAUUAAAGAAUUAAACCAUAAGCGUCCUAAUAGUUGGCAGGAGUUUUUGGAGCGGCCCUCUAAGAAGCCAGUAAAAAUCUGCAAUCUCGAAUCUCCACUUUCCACAUCUAAACGCCUAUGCCUUGCUCAUAACCUUUUGGCUUGUCGCGAGAUUCUUUCAACUCUGUCAUUCGAAGCAUCAUUACUUGGAGUUGACAAGAGUAAAACCGAUAUCGUAGCCUUUUCGUCACAGGGUAAAGUCGUUGCCACGGUCUUCCCUGGUUUCCAGAUUUCGGUCAGUCUAGAAAAAUUAAAUGGAGAUUUAGCUGAGGAUGGGUGUUACGAUCAUCCAGGGUUGAGAACUCAACUGAAACGUCUCCUCUUUCUGCAACACAUGGCUUCCUGGUCGAACAUUGCAAGCGCCCCUAACCCACCCACCGGACCAGUUCAAGUGCCGCGUCGAUUACGAGCUGCAGGCGCAACGACUACUCUGCAAAACAGUACCUUAUCUAGCUGCGAAGGGGUGCCCAUCAUAACAGCGUGUGUCGCGGGCUUCGGGGGCCCUGCCGCUUCGUCGUGGAUGGCUGCCCAAAACCAAGCGUUUCAGACUUCAUCUCUGCGGGCAAAUCAGGUGUUCGCCGCGCCAGUCGGCCAGGAGCGCUACAGUUACUUCAACGAUUGGGCCAUCAACCACCAGCAGCCCGCUAUCGAUGAUGUGGUGCCCUCAAGUCUAACCCUCAGCGGAUUAGAGCACGCACUCAGAUCAUCCCAGGCCUCCACAGCUGCCAUUAGUUGUGUCCUUGGAUCUGGAGAGAGUCUUCUGACGCAGCUGAUAAGCCUUGCUAAACACAGAGUUCUUCGUGAAAGAGUUUCAAAGUGCUUGACUGGUUAUGCUCGAACGGAGGCAGCCCCCGGCAUGUGUGUUCUAGCUUUGUGGCACAGUAUUAACUCUCCGUUGUCCUCGUCAGUCAACGUAACCUUCCAUUCUGCCGGAUAUUCAAGCUUUCGCUCCCGCCUGACCAUUUGCGUGGGCGUCAAUUCAAUCAGUGUGUAUGGCGCCUGCGGUUCUUCCCAGCCAAUCAUCAUCCCUGCCACAGCAGAUACGAAAACGCAUCUCUGGCGUGUAUUGAAAGCACAGGAGUUUGGGAAUCAGAUGUUCACUCUGCAAGGCCUGGCCUCAAAGCUCCUGGGUUGGAUACAGUUGGGCUGCACCGCCGCGGCGUCACCGUCAGCGUCGGCCACGACUCCACGCGAUGCCGUUCUUAUGGGGUCUCGCAGUGGAAAUCGUCUCGUUUGCAUUCGCGGCGGUGGUAGCAACUCCGGCGGCCUGGAGCUUUUCGUUGCCAAGACAACGCAGGACGACUUGUCGAGCUUGGCUAGCAACGGAGAACUCUUUCAGACCGCCAUGAGCGUCCCCAAGACACUGGAUUUCGGGAGGCGAAGUCGCCUCGAUUUCCGGCAGGUCGAUCUCUCACGUCUUCCUGGCCGACAUGUGGUUGCCAAGAUCGAGUCUCUACUCACCUGCCUUAGCGAUGCAUAA